UACUGGUUUGAUUAUUGAUUUUCCGGUCAGUAAAACGCACAAGAACCAACUAAAUUCUGCACUUGAUGCAUUUAUUGUGAAUGUAGAAUCAAAUGUGUGAGAAUUAUUGUGGAUAGACGAAAUGUAUCGUGUGGGUGGACAGUAAUUUCGUCUGUGAGCACAUGAUAUUGGGCCGGUUGUUUAAUGUCGUAGAUGACAGAUAAACGUCAAGCAUUCAGGAAUGGAAAACGAACAUGUUAAGAGACUUUUACUGCCCGACGAGGAGACCCUUUUAGAACAAAUCGUAAGGUAUGGCCUUUAUGUCGGUGCAGUCUUCCAAGUUAUCUGUAUUUUAACAGUGGCUAUUUAUCAUAAUUGGCCUGGCGAUGGCUUCUCCUCACUCAAGGACGAUGGAACGAGCGAUGUUGACUGCUCCGAGAACAGUCCACAGGUCACCCCGAGGAAGCCCCAUCGUAGCCGCAGACAGGAGAAGAAGAAGAGACGUUGAAAUAUAUCAUCCCCACAUAAAUUAAGGGGAAUUAUUGAGAUAAUUAAUGUACUUUAUCGUCGAAUUAUUUCAUUGCUUCACUUCAACAUUUUUGUAUUCAUAUGAAUAAUCAUGAGAGCUGGGGGAUCUAUCGACUUUAUCAACGAAUCAAUUUUUAUGUAUUGUAUUGACUGAUUUUAUUGACAAUAGACGUUAGAGCGUAAAAGAUGUGAUGAAAAUCAA